UAGCACGCAGCCCCGGGGCGGCCAUUAGCCGAAGGGCGCGGCGACGCGACGGCCGCUUUGUGCCGCCCCGCGCCAUUGGCCAGGCGCGCGGGCCGCUCCUGUAAGCGCGGCGGCGAUUGGCGGCGGAGCGCCGAGAGGGACGAGCGGCGGGGACGGCAUGGCCGGCGCUGAGAGCUGGCGGCCUCCGCGGCCGUGCGAGGACUACUGGUGGGAGUGGAAGCACUGCCGAGGGCUGCGGCACGCCUUCCACCACUACUACGCGCACGGAGAGCUGCCCGCCUGCGGCCGCUGGCGAGACGACUACGCCGCCUGCCGCGCCUGGGAGAAGGACCGCGCCGCCGCCGCGCGGGUACCGCCGGGUCUGGGGGCGGGGAGGAGAGCGGAGGGGACGGGACGGGAGGGGCUGCGCUGCAUGUGCUGCCUGCGGCGCCGGGGUCUGCACAGCGGCCGUGUGCGUUUCAGGAGGCGCUGUGCGAGAGCGAACGAGCGCGGGUCCUGGAGCGGAAGAAGCACGGCGCGGUGUGGGCGCUGCGGAGCAGCCCGCCGCCCGACUGGCACCGCCCGCUGCAGGACGGCGCGGCCAAGUAGCGGCGCUGCCCGCGGGGUCUGCCGUCACCUGCCGCGCCGCUGCCCGCCCGCACUUCGGUUCCGGUCAGAAAACGUAGUAAUAAACACCCGCUGUGGGACGAAGUCAGGCGCUGAGUUUGAUUCGGGUCCCGUGCGGGCGUUCGGCUCUCAGCGCAGCAGCACCGCAGCCGGCGGCACGGCGCGGCACGGCACGGCCCGGCACGACGCGGCGCACCGCCGGGUGGGGACGUGGAACCGAGCUGGGACCGCAUCCCGCCGGCACGGGACUGGCACAGCGCGUUCGGAAAGCAUUGCCUGGUUCGGCCCCGCCGUGUGAGAGCUCCUGAGCGCUGUGGACUGAAAUACGGCCGCUGCUGGAGAGCAGCUCUUGAACAGCGGCGUGCGUUCCUUCUGUUUACUACGAAAAUAAAGUUUUAACUGACCAAA